AUGUUUGUUGAAGAUGUCGUUCUUGAAACGGAAUUUGAUGGAAAAAAAAAACAUACAAUGCUUAAAAUAUGGUCGGUUCGACAAACGCAACCAGUAGUCGAAAAACUUGCUGCUAAUCAUCCAUUAUUAAUUGGUCAACGUGCAUUAGAUUCUUUAUAUCCAUGUGUACAAGGUGGUGCAACAGCUAUUCCAGGUGCCUUUGGUUAUGAAAAAACUGUUAUUUCUCAAUCACUAUCGAAAUUUUCAAACAGUGAUGAUAUCGUUUAUGUUGGUAUUGAUCAACGUGGAAAUGAAAUGGCUAAAGUAUUACGUGAUCUUCCUCAAUUAAAAAUGUAA